AUGGGGCGACGCGACGAGGCCCCCUUCUUGUACGGGAGCAUGCCGCCCCCACCGCACGCAGGUGCACCACCUCCCUACGCGAGUGGCUACGAGGGAUCUCCUGGAAACAACUUCGGCGUGCCCCCCGACGGGAGCGGGUCUCCCCCCCCUCCCUCCCCUCUUGCCGCCCCACGCCGUUCUCCCGGGGGGGAUGUCAAGUCCACCCCUCCUCCAAUGCCGGCCAUAUUGAACGCGGACGACCAGGGCGGUGUGAGUGCCGCCAGCAAUGGGAUAGGCGCCGACGAAGGCGGGGCCGGCCUGCCCUCCCCGUGGGAGACGCUGAACAAGCACCAGUCGCACCGCAUCACCAACAUCCCCCCUUACUCCUCCCUGACGAAGAAAGAGGCGCCAAUGUACGAAGAACUGAUCAACUUCCCGAGGGCCAAGGAUAAGGACGACAUGCGUUGUGUCAUGUGCGGGCUGCCGCCCGGGGAGCACUGCGUCAUCCCCCGUCAGAACAAGGACGUCUGCAAGGACUGCGACAAGGCCACCUGGCAGCACGCCGAUACUCAGGUCUACUUCAAGUGGUGCAAGGGCUGCAAGAAAUUUCUGAAGCUCUCCUCCUUCUCUCAGAAGCUGGACGCGGCGAAGUGCGACAAGUGCCGCGAGCGGGGCCGGCAGUCGUAUCUGGCGAAGAAGGGGAAAGACGGCGAGGAUGCCUCGCGAAAGGAGAAG